CAUAAUGUCGUCCGGUUUCAAAAUCCAUUUUACAUACAUCUUGCAGUUCCAUCAGUCUGCUGAAGCAGGUGAGCUCGCACAAGGAUGUUUCUGGCUUGAAAUAGAGCGUUUCAUGGGAAACUCAUCAAACCUCAAUAUUGCCGAAUAGCAUAGCACGUCUACAAUGGCACACAGACCCGGCAUUCAUGUGCUGGCGUUCGACAUCUACGGAACCAUCCUGAACACUAACAGCAUCAUAUCGGGGAUCAAAACCCACGCCGGCCUAGACGACGAGAAGGCUACUCAGCUCAGUCAGCUGUGGAGGCGCUUUCAGCUCGAGUACACAUGGCGUUUGAACUCGAUGGGUCUCUACGAGCCUUUCGACGAUGUCACGAGGGCAAGCCUCAACCACGCAGCCGCGGAGAUGGACAUCAAGCUUGCGGACAGCGAGAUCGCCGCCUUGAUGAGCGACUAUAGUCAUCUUCUCCCGUUCGAGGAUGCAGUCCCGGCAUUGAAGGAGCUGAGUCAAAACCCGAACAUCAAGGUCGUCAUAUUUAGCAACGGCACAGAGGAGAUGGUCUCCACGGCCUUGCAUGCAUCGCUGCCAGAGGCGCUCCUCCCCCUUCCAUUGCACCUCGCAGACUCAGUCAGGAUGUACAAACCAGCGACAGCCAUCUAUGAUGGUCUUCGCAAGGCAUUCAGCAAGGCUUCCGGGGCGCAAGGCGACUCGCCCGACGUCUGGCUUGUCAGCGGGAACCCCUUCGAUGUCACCGGCGCACGCGCUGCGGGGCUCGGCGCAAUCUGGGUUGACCGCGCUGGUGGAGGGUGGAAGGAUCAGAUCCCUAUGCCCGAAGCUGGCGUUGGCCCUCUCCAGAUCGUGAAGAGCCUAGGAGAGAUUGCGGCUUUCGUCAAGAAACAGUCUUGAAAGAGACAUCUUUAAUUCCGAAGCAGACGACCUCAAGGUGAGUCGGCGUGUCACGUUGGGGCGAAGUUAAUGUUAAUGUGUGGUACAACGGAUCAUCGUUGCAGAACAAGUA